CUAUUUUCUCCACCAUUUAUGCCUAUCUCCACUCGCUAUGCUCACUGUCUUCGUCCCUAUCCACGUUAAUCGCCGCUGCAUCUAUCCGUGCUUCAUUGAUAACGAAACGCAGUUCAUCGACGUCGACAGCGAGCAGCAGGCGGUCCGACACCAGAGCUCGUCCAACAAACCAUUUAUUGUGUUCGCAAGAGACUUCUUCACAGUCUACAACAUUCCUGGCGGCCCAUCAAAGUGCGACUACAUAUCCCGAAACUACAUCAGUUUGGCGAUUUACUUCGGCUUCGUGGACAAGUUCAGAUGGGCCAACCUAUCUCAACGCAAUGGCUUGCUUUACUACCCCGAACCCCCUGUUAUCUAUUUUGCCCACAUUGACAGCGUCGGAGAGCUGAACGUCGGUUUGCUCAACGACAACACGAUUGUAUUCCGCUACAGGAACAGGGACCUUUUGCGUUUCGCUAAGACUACUAGGGCCGCAAAAGGAUGCUGCAAUAACUACUUCAUUUUAUAUGAGGAGGGCGUAUACCAGUGCUUCAAUGUCGGCAAGGCCGAUGAUGGCUGCAGCCCUAUGCCCACCCCCAGAUGCUUCGCCUAUUAUCGGCCACAGGACGGAUUUUGCCGCUAGCAGCGCAUUUGACGAGAAAGAGAGUGGCCGUUCUGAGGAUUGCCAGCCGCCCACGCGCUUGCUGGAUAAUGAGUU